AUGGCUCACGCAAGUGGAAAAUCCAUUCAGGAAGUGGCGACUGAAGGACCGGGAUUGGUUUUUGUUGUUUAUCCGGCUGCAAUUGCGACAAUGCCUGGUUCCAUGUUCUGGGCUCUGAUAUUCUUUAUGAUGUUGCUUACGUUGGGUCUUGAUAGUUCCUUUGGAGGAUCCGAGGCCAUCAUAACUGCCCUCAGUGAUGAAUUUCCAAUAAUUGGCAACAAUCGGGAAAUAUUCGUUGCUUGCCUCUUUACUUUAUACUUCCUCGUUGGACUUGCUUCUUGCUCGCAGGGUGGCUUCUACUUCUUCCAUCUUUUGGAUCGCUAUGCUGCUGGCUAUUCGAUGUUAUUCGCCGUUUUAGCGGAAGCAAUCGCUGUGAGUUGGAUUUACGGUACAGAACGAUUUUGUGAUGAUAUCAAAGAUAUGAUUGGCUUUGCACCAGGUAUCUAUUGGAGAGUGUGUUGGAAAUUUGUAGCGCCAAUUUUCAUUAUUUUCAUAAUCGUUUAUGGCUUGAUGGGCUACGAACCAUUAUCAUACGAGGAUUACGUUUAUCCACUCUGGGCCAACAUUUUGGGAUGGUUUAUAGCUUCUUCCUCAGUAGCCAUGAUACCUGGUGUUGCUAUAUAUAAAAUUAUCGUCACUCCUGGUACUUUCUGUCAACGAAUAAAAAUUCUCACAACUCCAUGGAGAGAUACCCAACAAAGAGUGCCUCUUGCCGCCGUUGCUAAUGGAUCAAUACGGCGAAGUUUCAAAAAUGAUGAGGAUUUCGAAGGUAACAAAGGUCAACAAGAAAUAACGAAAGAACAAUUGGAAGUCAUGAUUCCUCCUUCCCAGAACGGCAGCGGGGAUCCACCACCCGAGCCCGUUUAGGAUUCCACAAUAGUCGUUUUGCAUGGAACUCGGUUCCACGUUUAUCUCUGUUAAUUACCUUUUCGAACAAGGGUUAACAAUUACAAAACUUUCUUUUUGAUUUAUAAGGCAUAGUUUAAAAAGUACAUCCACGGCCUUUGUUCAUGGGAAAAACAGCAUUUGAUUUAAAUUGGCGAUACCAAAGUAACAAGUCGAAACUAUUUAGUUUCUGGAUUCUAAUAUGAAAGCAGAUCUUAGAACAGAUUUUGUUAUUUUAACAUCAAAAUCGGUGUUGCAAUGAUACAAUGUUUUUUCCUGUGGAAAAAUCGAAGAGAUGGUGUCAACUUUAUCGUGAUAGUAUUUGAAAAACUAUAGGUGGAAAUUCGAAAAAAGACAUUCAAGGGGCAAAUAAGAGAAUUAGAAUUCGUAGAAAUUGAUUUGAGAAAUGUUUAAACGACCCCCAACCUGCAUAAGAGACACCAUUAAAUAUAAUGUUUAAGAAACUGAUUAUUACGCGAUUAAUUGGCUUUUAACAUUUUUACAACUAUAUUUAAUUGAGCAGAACCAUCUUAAAUUUUAAAAAGCGCGAAAAGUUUAACGAUGAAGUAUUUCACCCACUUGUAGAAAAAAUAAAUCAAGUCGAAUAUACAUAAAAACAUUGCGUCAUGAAAACUCAAAUUUUCUUUGAACAAGGUUAAUAUAAUUCACUUUCAUUACAUACACAAUACAAACGGUAUUCUUAUUGCACUACAAUAAGAACUGCUAAAUGCAUCAAAUAUUGUACAUGGCACUUAUGUAAAUAUAUGCACAGACAGUAUGCAGAAUAUACGCAACUUGUAGAAUUAAUUUUUUAACAUACCUAAAUGAUAUAGGGAUGUGCAAAAAUCUUGAAAAUACUGGUCGAGUUGUUUAGACAUCCAAGAAAUUGUAAGUUUUAGGGUUUUCCAAUACAUUUGGGAUCUCAAAACUCUAGAGUUCUCGAACACUUUCGGGUUCUCCAAACUUAAAAGUUUUCGAAAGUUUCGGGAACACUUUACAUUGCAAGGUAUCGAAAAGCUACAAACAUGUAGGCUUUUUCACAAUCAGUGCCGUUGUUGCGAAUGUAAAAUAAUUAUUUUACUGGUUAUACAUGAUUCCAGUGGUAAUUUUUUUUCGCGGAAAAUUAUUGUGAAAUAACCUAAUAAAAGUCGAGUUUUUGACUGUUUGUGACAUUUUGAUGCCAAAUGUUGCUUUUCAAACCUUAUAAUAUAAUACGUUUUUUGGAUAAUUCCCAAAUCGUUUAGCAAACACUGUUGUCGACUAUUUAAGUUUUUAUUAUCAUGCAAUUCUAUAAAAUUGUUAUAUAAAUAUUAUAUGCACUAUAAGUAUUAUCCGAAUAAGUGUUACAAUUGUUUAAUUUCAAAGUGAAAUAUACUGAAACCGUGCUUAUAUCCGCCGAACGAGAACGUAAACAUUCACUUAUGUCUUCCUGGGAGGAGAGCUCACCAAUGUUCCUCAGUGGAGGGGAAAUUGCCGCGCUGAGCGCUGAUUCGCUUUUUGGCACGUGAUACUGCGAGGUGGUGGAUGCCAAUUCGAUAUAAAUGAAAGCUAUGGCAAGGAUAUAAGCACGAGAGGAUAUAAGUGAGAGUGGAUAUAAGCGCGGUUCCAGUGUAUUACCAUUUUUAAACAAAUUGUAACACGAAUGAUGGAUUUUGGUGACGAACAUAUGAAUGUUUCAUAUACAAAUAUAAAUUACAUCAUAUACCUGUAUAUGUAUAGGUAUAUAAUGCCAUAAGGACAACCGCAGGAUUUCGGCG